AGCUCCGUGCGCCACCCGGCGGCGCACCCGCGCGUGCUCACUCGGAGCAGCGUGCGCCCGGCAAUCGCCUCAGCCGCCCCCGCCUUGGCCGCCGCUCCCCAAGCGACUGCCCAAACUAAGCCUCUGUGGCUGGGUACGGGAGCGCUUUGGGGACAAAGAUUCUCCCUCAACUGUGGUCUGCAUUCCUUUGGCCCGUGGGCUGAUCUGGGGCGGGAAGUAUUAGCCUCUGAGUUGCGCUGCAGCCGGGGACGAAGGAGGAGGCCGAGCCUGGGGCGGAGUUCGGGCUGACUGGGGCUGGACCGGGCGAGACGCCGCCGCUGCCGCCCGGAUGUUGCGAUGGCUGAUCGGGGGAGGCCGAGAACCGCAGGGACUGGCCGAGAAAUCUCCUUUACAGACAAUAGGUGAAGAACAAACCCAGAAUCCCUACACUGAACUGCUAGUACUGAAGGCUCAUCAUGAUAUUGUACGGUUUCUGGUACAGUUAGAUGACUACAGAUUUGCAUCUGCUGGUGAUGAUGGAAUUGUAGUUGUGUGGAAUGCCCAGACAGGGGAAAAACUUUUAGAACUGAAUGGACACACUCAAAAGAUAACAGCUAUUAUUACAUUUCCUUCCUUGGAAUCUUGUGAAGAAAAAAAUCAACUCAUCUUGACAGCCUCUGCUGAUAGAACAGUUAUUGUGUGGGAUGGUGAUACUGCCAGACAAGUUCAGAGAAUAUCAUGCUUCCAGUCUACUGUAAAGUGUUUAACUGUUCUUCAGAGACUAGAUGUUUGGCUUUCUGGUGGGAAUGACCUGUGUGUGUGGAACCGAAAAUUAGAUCUCCUGUGUAAGACUAGCCACCUUUCUGAUACAGGUAUUAGUGCUUUGGUUGAAAUACCUAAGAACUGUGUUGUGGCAGCAGUUGGCAAAGAACUGAUAAUUUUCAGGUUGGUAGCACCCACAGAAGGAUCACUAGAAUGGGAUAUUCUUGAAGUUAAGCGCCUCCUCGAUCACCAGGAUAAUAUUCUCUCCUUGAUUAAUGUCAAUGAUUUGAGUUUUGUCACCGGCUCCCACAUCGGAGAGCUGAUCAUCUGGGAUGCCCUGGACUGGACCGUGCAGGCCUAUGAACGCAACUUCUGGGACCCAUCUCCACAACUGGACACCCAACAAGAAAUAAAACUCUGUCAAAAAUCAAAUGACAUUUCUAUUCAUCAUUUCACAUGUGAUGAAGAGAAUGUAUUUGCUGCAGUUGGAAGGGGUUUAUACGUGUAUAACCUUCAAAUGAAGCGUGUGAUUGCCUGCCAGAAAACUGCACAUGACUCCAAUGUCCUGCACAUUGCCAAACUUCCAAACAGGCAGUUAAUCUCAUGCUCAGAAGAUGGCAGUGUACGCAUUUGGGAGUUAAGAGAAAAACAGCAGCUUGCAGCUGAGCCUGUACCAACAGGUUUUUUUAACAUGUGGGGAUUUGGAAGAGUCAGCAAACAAGCCAGCCAACCCAUUAAAAAGCAGCAAGAAAAUGCUACUUCAUGUUCACUGGAGCUUAUUGGAGAUUUGAUUGGACACUCAUCAUCUGUGGAGAUGUUUCUAUACUUUGAAGAUCAUGGACUAGUGACAUGCUCCGCUGAUCAUCUCAUUAUUUUGUGGAAAAAUGGAGAGCGAGAAUCUGGAUUGCGCAGUUUAAGAUUAUUUCAAAAAUUAGAGGAGAAUGGUGACUUAUACCUUGCUGUCUAGUUUAAGGAAUUAAAAAUACAUGCAUGAACCUUGAACAUCAAACAUCAGGUACUACUCUGAAAACCAUUAAUAUAUUGAUCGCUUAAAUUGGUAAUUUUUUUUGUCGGUCCAUAAAAUUCUACAUGUUUAAAUUUUUUGUGGACCUACCAACAAGGAACAUGUUGCUUCUCAGGUCCUAGUGUAUCCUCCAAAGAAUAUACCACAAGUUUUUCCAUUUGACUUUGAGCUGCUGUUGAAGUGGUGAGUGCUGUGUUUUGAGCUUAUUUUGAACCUAGACCCUUUUGAAAGGUACAAAUAGAGGUAAAAGUUAUGGCAUGUGUAUUAUUGUGAAGUUUAAAAAUAGCCUUUCUCCUGCAAAUUUUCCUAGUCUUUAGUAACCGUUAGUGUUCUAUAUAGCACAAACUUGAAUCUCUCAGCCAAAAAAAUGAACAUAUAUACUGUUUAAGUAUGGCAAGUUUUUUUUUUUGGUGCCAAUUUGUUUAGCUAAUUUUAAAAAUGUUUUUUAGUUCUAGCGACUGAAACCUGUAUGAACUCAAAUGGAUAGGCAUCUUAUGAGGGUGUAUUUUUCCCAGUGUGAAUUGGCUUGAAGAGCCAUGGGCUAAACUGGUACUAGAACAACAACUGCCCCUCAUGUACGCCAAGGAUGAGCUCUAGAUCAUUUGAGAGGCACAGUGUUUCCAGAGUCAGGGGCUGUAGCUGAGCGCAACUGCCCCAUCUGACCACUGACUCAGAUACGAACUGCUUGAGACAGACUUCUUCUAUGUAGUUCUUUGCAGUGUCCAUUGAGACACUAUAAACCAGCCUUGUAACAAUAUGUUUUCUCCUUUUGGUGCUAAAAAAUAAAAAAAUUAGAAAGUAGUCUACACAUUAAAGAUUGAAAUUCUUAAACUACUAAGAAAGGGCAACGUGACUGAUGUUAGCAGACUGACCCUUCUUGCAGAAAACCUCUACAGAUUUAUUUGUUCAUUAAACAAAUAUACUACAAAUAUACCCUAAAGGGAAUCGUCAUACGUUCUUUUUACUAGUUUUAGCUUUGACAGUUGCUUCCACAACUACCUACAAAGACUGGAAGAGUUAAGGUCAUCUGAGUAGACCAGUGGCAUAAUGUUACAAAUGAGGAAACUGAGGCCCAGUGCAGUAAGGCCUUGCAAUUAAAUCUGUAGUGCCCAGUAUCACCAAGCAGCUCUAAAAACAGGAAUUGAAGACUGAAUGAGAGAGAGAAAGGCUUAUAUGACUACUUUAAAUCCAAAUAACAUUGAGUCAUGAAAAGUUUUAUGGAGAAAUAUUAAAACUUAAGCUACCUCAAUUACAGAAGACUUUCUCCCAUUACUCACAUGCUUUUUCCUUUAGAAAUUCUGUAUUGGCCCAUACAUUUGUAAAGUUGUUUUCUGAAGUUGUAUGACACAAGGGAGUCAUAGACUUAACUGUUUUACUUCCUAGCCUGUUCUGGGCUAGUAUUUUGUGAUAGGAAUCUAUUCAAAUGGAGUGGUAGAAAUCACAUGAAUUUUGGAAGCAAAUGGUACCGUAAGUACCACAGCAAAUUCCUUCUGGUCAUUAUACAGGCGUACCUCAGAGAUAUUACAGGUUAGGUUUCAGACCACAUCAAAAAGGCAACUAUUGCAAAUAGAGUGAGUCACAUCUAGUUUUUGGUUUCCCAGUGCCUAUAAAACUUGUGUUUAUACUACAGUCUUAAAUUUCUAAAAAAUAUACAUACCUUAAGAAUACUUUAUUGCUAAAAAGUGCUAACAAUCAGGCCGGGCGCGGUGGCUCACGCUUGUAAUCUGUACAUUUUCUCCAUUUCCUGAGUUUAGCUUUCAACAGUUAAGAUACUUGCAACAGCAGAAGUAACACUACAUAGUGUUACAGUAUACAAAUGCCUUGUCAUUUUUAUUUUAAAAUAUAUUAUUACCUCAGUCUCUGGCUAUAUUCACAUAGCACAAGGGCACAAGAUCAUCCCUUCUGUUUCUCUCUCUAAAGCUGAGUAGGUUCUGAGUGAACUGAUUGAUAGGCUUGUUUUUUUUUUUGCCCAGAAUCUAACCAGUCCUGACAUGGAGGGCAAGUAAAUUUAAAAAUCUUAAAUUAGAAAUAAAGAAUGAUCUUAGGAAAUUAUAGGGUCAUUCUGGUCCAGCACUGUUUUAUAACUGGUUUCCUUCUUCUCUUUAGUAGUCACGGAAAUUAUUAGAGAGUGUUGCCUUUUCCUAAUACGGCCCCCCUCAGCACAUGACGUUUAAGUAAACAACUCCGUGUAAGAGGCAGUUAUCAUAGUUUAUAUAAUAUAAACUAUCUGAUACACAUACCAUCUGAAAGCCUGUAUUUCUAACAAGUUGACUCUGUGGAAGAAUAGACUAGUUCACAGGCCAGAAGAUUAUACUGUAGAUUACACUGGUAAAGAGCAGAAAUUGUUGAAGCUUUAGUACCUAGCUGUCUUAAAGCAUUUUUAAACAUUUGCAUGUUACUAAUAAAAAGUUUGAAGUUAACAAGAAAUUUGACAUAAAACUAAGCUGUAAAUAUUUCAUAUAGAAGAUGUCUGACACCUGAUAAAUGUUACUUACCAAAUAGAACUGAAAGUGAGAUGAUCAGAAAAAGACUGUCCUUGCCUCGAGCAAGCUUCUGAAGCCUAGGCAGGUUAGCUAGGUCCUUAAUAUGGGAUUCUGGCAUCCUGCUUUUAAUGUGCUCUGAAAACAAAGUGACUCAUGAAAUAAAGGACACUAAACCCCAAAUUUGAAAUUAUGAAAAGUUUAGGCCAAAGAAGUAAAAUAAAAACAGCUGUUGGGAAUGAAAAAUGGCUGUAGGAAUUUAGUUACAAGUACUUCACAAAAACAUUUUCAUCACAUUUACAUAAUAUAGCAUUACAAUACAAAGCUGGCUGCUGUCCUGACCAAGCAAGUUCUCUUAUCAUCUAACAAAAAUAAUUUAGAUACAUUUCUUUGCAUGGAAUUGUCAUAUUUUUCCAUUUUUGGUACAAAACAUAGAAAAAACAUUGGCACAUUAUCUAGUGAUAAGUCAUUUCUUCCCCAUGUACAAGUUCCAAGUAUUCUGCAUUCCAAUUUGUAUUGGAAAAAAGUAAUUACUGAUUCAAUUAUUUCAGUCUCUGUUUAUACCUUUUAAAAAUGCAGCAUGAAAUACAGAGAAAGAAAAAUGAAGUUUGUUUACGGAGUCUAAUAUUUAUAAUAAUACAUAGGAAGGAUCGGCUGGUAAAAGAGAAAGGAAAAUCUCAAGUCUGACUUUAUGUAGAUCACAGAGAGUUGUGAAAAGAACAGUAUAAAAAUAUGCACUUGUGCUUUAGAAGCUUUUAGCAUACAAUUAAUAGCUUAAAAUAGUAUUUACUGCUUCCCCAUAUGCCUAUUUUCUGAUAUAUUUACACCGCACAAUUUUAACAUUGUUAAAGCUAAUGGCAUGAUUUCAAAUAUAGAUUGGUUAAAAAUAUCUGAACCUUGAAACUUCCCCUAUCCCCUCCUGAACUAUUACAUAUAGAUGGUGCAUGGCACAACAUACUGCAUGAGCUUAUACCCAGAAAAUUUGGAUUUUAAUAAAAAUUUUAAACAUGUA